CUCCUUGGAGGGCUGGAACUUUAGGACGCUUUGCCUUCCUGGAGUGGAGCAGAAGGUCUGGGAGCUUUUGGAGGAUAAGGGGAGGACAGACAGGAGGCGUGUUCCUCUGGAGUUUUCUUUUUCUUGGAAGCCCUCGCGCGCGCGCACAGUCAUCCUUUUGGUCUGGCGAUUGUGGAGAGGCUUAAUCCCACACCGUCACCGGAGGCUGGAGGCUCUGUCAGACCUCCCCAGAGAAGCCCUGCAGGGGAAGUUUUCCAAAGCAGAGGCAGCUGUGCAGCCAGGGCCGCCCGCCGCCGCGCCGGAGCCCAGGACACCCGCCACCCUCCGCGCCACUCAACCUCGCCGACCAGGCGUCUCCUGCCCAGGCGCUGUGCGCUCACCCGGCAGCCAUCUGAGCCCGCCGAGCUCCACGGUUGAAAAAAAAAAAAAAGAGAGAGAGCAUAAAAGGAACACAAUAAGAGACAUUUCUUCAAAUCUGCAUCAAGAUGGGAACCUUUUUCCUCAGGGCGUCCUUAUGGUUGGUGAUGAUUGGUUGUGUGAUAAGUGAUCAUCCUGAGAGAUACAGCACAAAUCUAAGUGAUCACGUAGACGAUUUCACCACUUCCCAAGGGACCGAGCUCAGCUUCCUGGUCACCACCCACCAACCCACUCAUUUGGCCCUGCCCAGCAAUAGCUCAACGCACAUCUACUGCCCACAGCAGACUAAAAUCACUUCAGCUUUCAAGUACAUUAACACUGUGAUAUCUUGUACUAUUUUCAUCGUGGGAAUGGUGGGGAAUGCAACUCUGCUCAGGAUCAUUUACCAGAACAAAUGUAUGCGAAACGGCCCCAACGCACUGAUAGCCAGCCUCGCUCUUGGAGACCUUAUCUACGUGGUCAUUGAUCUCCCCAUCAACGUAUUUAAGCUGCUGGCUGGACGCUGGCCUUUUGACCACAAUGACUUUGGCGUAUUUCUUUGCAAGCUGUUCCCCUUUUUGCAGAAGUCCUCAGUGGGGAUCACCGUCCUCAAUCUCUGUGCUCUUAGCGUCGACAGGUACAGAGCUGUUGCCUCCUGGAGUCGUGUUCAGGGAAUUGGGAUUCCCUUAGUCACUGCCAUUGAGAUUGUCUCCAUCUGGAUCCUUUCCUUUAUCCUGGCCAUCCCUGAAGCAAUCGGCUUUGUCAUGGUACCCUUUGAAUACAAGGGUGAACAACACAAAACUUGUAUGCUCAAUGCCACAUCAAAAUUCAUGGAGUUCUACCAAGACGUAAAGGACUGGUGGCUGUUUGGGUUCUAUUUCUGCAUGCCCUUGGUGUGCACUGCUAUCUUCUACACACUCAUGACUUGUGAGAUGUUAAACAGGAGAAAUGGCAGCCUGAGAAUUGCCCUCAGUGAACAUCUGAAACAGCGUCGAGAAGUGGCGAAAACCGUUUUCUGCUUGGUUGUCAUUUUUGCUCUUUGCUGGUUCCCUCUUCAUUUAAGUCGCAUUUUGAAGAAAACUGUGUAUGAUGAGAUGGACAAGAACCGAUGUGAAUUACUUAGUUUCUUGCUGCUCAUGGAUUACAUCGGUAUUAAUUUGGCAACCAUGAAUUCUUGUAUAAACCCAAUAGCUCUAUAUUUUGUGAGCAAAAAGUUUAAAAAUUGUUUCCAGUCUUGCCUCUGCUGCUGUUGUUACCAGUCCAAAAGUCUGAUGACCUCAGUCCCGAUGAACGGAACAAGCAUCCAGUGGAAGAACCACGAACAAAACAAUCACAACACAGAGAGGAGCAGUCAUAAGGACAGUAUUAACUAAGCCUCUUAGGAGACAUUCAUCAAUAUUCUUUCAAUUCCUAUUGGAGAAAAAUCAUACUCAGCUGUGUCUCCGUAAAUCUCCUCUCCAGUCCUUCUUCUCCCUAAACUCAGCCUGGGGGGACAAAAUGCUUCUAAAACAUCAGAGCUUGGACUGGUAAUACCGGAAAAUUCUGUGCAUCAUCUAAUUUACAUAUUCUGCAUGUUAUAUUGAACACUAAAAAAUGACGGGAGUUAGGGGAAAGGAGACUGUUAAAUGAAACCAGAAAGAUAUUUACUACUUUUGCGUGAACAUAGAGUUUUCACGUACAUGACCAGCUGUCAUGACAGUUCUACCAAACGUUCCAAGAGAACCGAUCACCAUGGAGUUUUAGAGAUUAUGACAAAAUUUUCCAUCUUAAAGUGAUUCUUUUUUGUUUGUUUUGGCCAAAUACAGUAUGGGUUUAAGCCACUUUUAUUUGAAAUGUCAUUCACUGCCAGUAUUUUUCUUAACUUUAUGGUAGCAUCAGAAUGAUUAUCCGAGCUUCUUUAUACAUAUUUUGCAAAAAAAGAAGAAGAAAAACAGUAUUCGGGUGAGACGUGCAGUUAAUAUUUCUCAAAUCACUGUUUUACUUUUAAACGUGAAUUCUAAAAGCUGCAAUGAAUGCGGACACUUGAAGCACAGACUGAUAACCACAUAUGGUAGUUUAAUAGCUGCUGCUCGAAGAAUUUUUAAGAACCUGUAUUUUAUUUUUUAAUGGUCUUUUGUUACAGGACAUCUUGAACAUAUUUUUAUAUUAUACUCGAAAAUAAUUCUUGACUCAAAUAGUUCUGUUUUUCCUAAGGCCAAUUCUUUUCAUGCAUGUAAGUUUUUUAUGUAAACUCAAUAUCAUGUACCAGAAUUUAAUGGUACAUGGCAUUUAACCAUGCCUGAGACUUUCAGUACAAGGCAUAGAAAUCUAAAUCACACUUCAGAGAAAACGAAUGAAUAUUUUUAGAAGGUUUGGAAAUUUUACUGAUUUUUUUUUGUAAUAGUAACUCUUGUAUAUACAUACAUGUAUACUUACAUUAUGCAUAUCACCUCAUAUGUUAAAUCUCUUAAAAUGUUAACUGGCAGUAACUUUUUCAGUCAUCCUCUUUUCCAUAUACCUAUUGCCAUUAAGUUGAUUUUGACUCAUAGCGACCCUGUAGGACAGAGUAGAACUGCCCCAUAGGGUUUCCAAGGAGCGGAUGGUGAAUUUAAAUUUCCGACCUUUUGGCUAGCAGCCAUAUCUCUUAACCACUGCACCACUAGGGCUCCUGUUUUCCAUAAAGGAAACAUAAUUUCAAAAUGCCCAACUGAGUUUAUCAUGCUUCCCAAAAAACUCAUUGCUAUUGAGUCAAUUCCAACUCAGAACGACCCUGUAGGACAAAAUAGAACUGCCCCAUAGGGUUUCCAAGGUUGUAAUCUUUAUGGAAGCAGACUGCCACAUCUUACUCCCACAGUUUAUCAUGCCAGGGAUAUAUAAUUACCCCCCAAAGUCAUCCUGAAUUUACGAUUCUUCACUUCUCUGGUUUUCCAGUCUGAACCUAAAUCUUCCCACACCCCUCAUGUGGCCACCAUUUCAAAGGGCCCACAGUGACUUUUGCUGGGCAUUUUCCCAAGUGUUUACAGAGUGUGAGUACAGCAGAAAACCUUUUACUGUAUAUAGAUAUAAAUAUAUAUAUAUAAUUGUAAAUUUCUCUUAGCCAGUUUUUCUGUGAUUGUCUCUAUGGAAUGUGUUUGUGUCUGUAAUAUAGGCAUGUGUGGUAUAAUGCGUAUGGACAAUGUAAUAUAAUAAUACUGUCCUGUAGUUGUGCCAAAGCACAUACUCUGAGUGGGAUCUAGGCGAUUUCACGUCAGGACAACUGCCUUCCGUCAGUUUUAACCUAUCAGAAUCAUCUGUAUGUAUAAAUCUUGUGACCAUGUUGCCAUUACAAGUGGAAUGCAGCGUGCACCCUGAAAGAGGGUGAGCCCUGGGUUCACAGUAGGGUUUUCUUCAUUUGAUUGGUUGGUUGUUGUGAUAAAGCAGUGUUUGGUGUUGUGUAUUUUUUCCUGUGCUGGAGCAAAAGUCAUGACACUUUAUUACAUUGUUCUCAUCUUCAACACAAUGUGGUGAUGAGAUUGACAAGUUGCCUGAUGUUUCUGUCAGAUUUCACCAGACAGACUGCUAAUGAUAAAUUAGCAAAACUAAUCUGCUGGGCCAAAUUUUAGCCAAGUCACACGUAAUGUGUUAUCAGGUGCUGGCUGCUUGAAUUGUGGUGCUAGAAGAUGCUGCCCCUGAAUGUGUUAGCAGUCAAAUUCCAUCACUUCGCUGGGGCAUCACAUGCAGUGAGAUAUGCCUACAAUAGAAGCCAUGGGUUCACACUACUUUGUCUAGGCAAUUGUCUUCUUUUUAAAUAUGCUUUGUUUCUUGCAUAUGAAAAUACAUAUAUAUAUUUUAUAAUUUCAGGAAGUUGUAUAUUUCUGAAUAAUUACACAGGCUUUCAUAUGCAUGUUAUUUAUGGACUGGUAAGUGACCAUGGUUUACUUGUACGAUCAUUUCCAAUUUCUGCCUUGAUCAUAUCUUUCCAACAAGUAAACCUGUAGAAAAGAGCCAGAAGUCAAGGCCCUGUAUUGGCAGUAGCCCAUAAAUGUAAAAAGGUUACAGAAGCCUUGAAGUGUCUCUUCAUUCUUACUUUGUUCUUCAGAGAAAAUGUUUGUUACAUAAUGCCUGUUGCAAACUUCUCCCUAGUAAUAACCAGGCAAGCAAUUUUACUUUCAAAUAUGUACUUCCUAAUUAAACUCUAUUCUCAAUCAGACCUACUUUGUUGUACUGAACACUUCACUUUCUCAGUCAUUUUUUCAGGCACGUGUCCAGUGAAUUUUAUUGAGCACCUACUAUAACCAGGCAUUAUUGUAAGUACUGGGCACGUAUCACUGAGACAAACAGCUCUCAUGGAGCAUGCUUUUUAGAGGAAGAAGUUAGACAAUAAACAAUUACAAACAGUCAAUAAACAGUUGUAUACAUAAGAGUGGAGCUGGAAGAUAUUAUCCUGAGUGAAAUAAGUCAGUCACAAAAGGACAAAUGUUGUAUCACAUCACUUACAUAAAAAGACAAGGAAAGGCGUAUGUAUAGACAACAAAGUUUAUUAGUGGUCACGCCCACGUUUAUUGCAGCACUGUUUACAUAGCAAAAAGAUGGAAGCAACCAACGUGCCCAUCAAUGGAUGAAUGGAUAAAUAAAUUAUGGUAUAUUCACACAAUGGAAUACUACGCAUCAAUAAAGAACAGUGAUGAAUCUGUGAAACAUUUCAUAAUAUGGAGGAAUCUGGAAGGCAUUAUGCUGAGUGAAAUUAGUUGCAAAAGGACAAAUAUUGUAUAAGACCACUAUCACAAGACCUCGAGAAAUAGUUUAAACAGAGAAGAAAAUAUUCUUUGAUGGUUACAAGAGGCGGGAAGGAAGGAGGGUGGGAGAGGAGUAUUCAUUAAUUAGAUAGUAGAUAAGAACUACUUUAGGUGACGGGAAAGACAACACAAUACAGGCAAGGUCAGCACAACUGGACUAAACCAAGAGCAAAGAAGUUUCCUGAAUAAACUGCUUUGAAGGCCAGCGUAGCAGGGGCAGGGGUUUGGGGACCAUGGUUUCAGGGGAUAUCUAAGUCAAUUGGCAUAAUAAAAUCUAUUAAGAAAACAUUCUGCAUCCCACUUUGGAGAGUGGCAUCUGGGGUCUUAAACACUAGCAAAUGGCAUCAAUUGAUCUCAACCCACCUGGAUCAAAGGAGAAUGAAGAACAUCAAGGACACAAGGUAAUUAUGAGCCCAAGAGACAGAAAGGGCCACAUAAACCAGAGACUACAUCAGCCUGAGAUCAGAAGAGGUGGAUGGUGCCCUGCUACAACCAAUGACUGCCCUGACAGGGAACACGACAGGGAAUCCCUGAAGGAGCAGGAGAUCAGUGGGAUGCAGACCCCAAAUUCUCAUAAAAAGACCAGACUUAAUUGUCUGACUGAGACUAGAAGGACCCCAGUGGUGAUGGCCCCCAGACCUUCUGUUGGCCCAGGACAGGAACCAUUCCCAAAGCCAACUCUUCAGACAGGGUUUGGACUGGACAAUGGGUUGGAGAGGGAUGCUGGUGAGGAGUGAGCUUCUUGGAUCAGGUGGACACUGGAGACUAUAUUGGCAUCUCCUCCCUGGAGGGGAGAUGAGAAGGUAGAGGGGGUUAGAAGCUGACAAAAUGGCCACAAAAAGAGAGAGUGGAGGGAGGGAGCGGGCUCUCUCAUUAGGGGGAGAGCAAUUGGGAGUAUGUAGCAAGGUGUACAUAAGUUUUUGUGUGAGAGACUGACUUGAUUUGUAAACUUUCACUUAAAGCGCAAUAUUAAAGAGAAAAGUUUAUUAGUGAUCACCAGGGAUGGUUACUGGUGACAGAAAUACCACAUUGAUUAAGGGUAGGGUUGCACAGUCGAUUGUUGUAAUUGCAGUCAAUCAGUUGUACACCCAUAAAAAGUUGAAUUGGAAAAAGUUUUGUGCUAGAAAUAUUUACAAUGACAAAAAAAAGAAUAGGUGCUGAGGCUGCUUAUGUACAAUAAAAACCUCAUGGGAUUUGGUUUCUUGGUUUGGAGGUUUAGAGUCACGGUGUCGUGGAACAUCUCGGUUAAUUGGCCUAAUAACAUGUUCAGUGUCUCUGUUCUACCUCCUAGUUUGAUUCAUAGGGCCUGGGGUUUUAAAAGCUUGCAAGUGGCCAUCCAAGGUAGAACAAUUGUCUCUAUUUGCCUGGAACAACAGAGGAAGAAAGAGAGUCAGAAAUAGGAGAAGAAUAUGAAAUGUGUGGCUAAUUGCCUUCAUGAACAACGGCCUCCUUUGCCAUAAGACCAGGACCGGAUGGUGCCUGACUAUCAUUAUUGAACAAUUUGGUCAAAGAUUCUAUAGAAGAAUCCCAAUCAGAAAGGGGAGAGUGCAGAACAGAAUUUCAGAUUCUCAUGGACUGUAGACUUCCCAGAGCCAUGAAGGUUGGAUGAACCCCUGAAAUUAUUAUGCUGAGAUAAUCUUUAAACCAAAAAUUUCCCCUGAAGUCCUCUUAAAUCCGAAGAGCACUUUAGCUUAACUAGUAAAAAAUAUCUGCACUGAGCAUUAUACUCUUGUGAGAACUAUAUAUGGAAUUAAACUGAUAACAGCAACUCAAAAAAUCAGAAACUUUAGGGGCAGUGAAUUUAUGUUAAUGCGGGAGGAACAACUCAGAGAAGGAGGAUAAUAAUGGUUAUACAACUUGAAUAAUUUAAUCAAUGUCACUAAAUGGUACAUGUAGAAACUGUUGAAUUGGUGUACGUUUCACUGUGUAUAUUCUCAACAACAACAAAAUCAAUAAAAUUUUAUAUGUGUGUUUUAUAUAUAUAUAUAAAAGAAGGCGGUGCAUACCAGGAGGAAGAGAUUCAGAUAUAUCCAACUGCUUAUUUAACAUCUCCAGUUGGGGUGCAUAGGCAUGACAUAUCCAAAACUAACCUCCUGAUACCCCCUUAACCUGUUCACCAUAAUAUUCCUCUGCUCAGUUAGACAACUCCACCUUUCGAGUUGUUCAGGAUAAUGACCUUGAAGUCAUUCCUGAUUUCUUUCCCUCAUACCUCACAUCCACUGCAUCCCUAUUUUCAGGAUACAUCCAGAACCUGGCCACGUCCUACUUUUACUCCCUAGUCAGAGCCACCAUCAUCUCUUACCAGGAUUGCCACAAUAGCUUCCUAUCAAGCCUACUUAUUUCCAGCCUUAUAAACAGCCAUCCAUCCUCUAAGUGGACCCUGUCUCUCUA